AUGACCGACGUCCAGCCCGAUCCUCUUCCGGUGUCUGGUUCCCCCCGUCAGCAGGAACAGCCCCGGGUACGGAAGAGACGCCGUCGGACGGUGGCGUGCACCCAAUGUCGCAGUCGGAAACUCCGCUGUGAUCGUGAGUAUCCCGUCUGCGGUCGAUGUCAAAAGAGCAAAACGCCCUCCAAAUGUACCUAUGAAGAUGGCUUCCUAUGGCAACAACCCAAUACGGUGGUUUCGCCCGCCUUCUCCGACCGAGGUUCCACCGGCGUCGUGCAAUUACCGCCGGUUGAUCGGUCGCAUCCUACCCCAGACUCGGCGAUAAGCAGUUUGCCGACUCGGCCUCAACAUGCCGCCAAAGGGGUGCGUCCGGUUGAAGAGAAGCGAGAUCAUUUCUUGGAAACCGUCCUGGGAGCCCCCAAAGCUGCGGUGGAUCAAGAACCCUAUGUGAACCGGGAGGUGUUACAGCGUCCGGCCCAUCAUCAUCAACACCAUUCGUACCAUCCCCGCCGUGAGGAUUCGGCUCAUUCCUCCAGCGAUGAGGAAGAACCGGUGUCGCCCUCUCAGCAGUUGGAUAUGGCCCCGCGGUUUCUGAUGCGCGGACGACAGACCAAGACUCGCUACAACGGAUCUGGCAUGUUUGCCAAUCUAAUCGCCCAGUUUCCUGAUAUUAGAACUUUUGCGGAGGAUAUCAGACUAACCAGUCCGCAUCUGUCCGCUCUUCGUCCGGAUCUCUUCCGGGUGAAGAAAGGCCUAUGGAAGAAGGUCCUCGCGGAUACCCCCUUUCCCGACCCGAAUACAGCUUCGUUGAUCGCCAUGCUUCCGUCUCGUCGGGUAGUUGACGAGCUCGUCAUGCUCUACUUUACCUACAUUGAAUCCACCCACCGGAUUCUUCAUGUCCCCUCGUUCCUCCGAGAGCUCGACGAGUUUUGGGCCCAGACGGACGAGCCCGAUCGAGUGUCUUGUCUCUUUGUGGUGCAGUUACUGCUGAUUUUGGCAUGUGCAUGGAACCUCGCGGACGCGGAGUCACUGCAGAUGAAAAACGAGGCCCAUCUGACUUGUUACACUGCAGUCGAGUGGGUGCUGCAUGCCGAAAAGUGGAUUGAGAAUACCCACAUCAAACGGCCGGACAUCACUGCGCUGCGCGUGUAUGUGCUUUUAAUCAUUGCUCACAACAUCCACGGGAUGAAACGCAGCAAAGCGUGGCUGUCCAUAGGGUCUAUCGUGAAACAGGCCAUGCUGAGCGGGUAUCAUCGUGACCCCAGCAAGUAUACCAAGAUUUCUAUGUUCAACAAGGAAAUGCGUCGCCGCAUCUGGGCCACCAUCGUGGAACUCGACCUUCAGAUUUCCAUGGAGCGUGGCAUGCCGCCUUCAGUAAACGAGUCGGACUACGAUACUGCGCCUCCGCUCAACAUUAACGAUAGCGAUAUCCAGGAAACGAGCGAAGAACUUCCACCGGAGCGACCCCUCACGGAGCUCACGGAUUGCUCCUUUCAAUCCGUGCUACUCAAAUCCCUGCCUGUGAGGCUGAAAGUCUGUGCGUUGAUGCAUUCACCCCGGAUCAUCUGUCGAUACGAGGAAAUCUUACGCAUCGACUGGGAACUUAACCGACAUCUUUCGAAAAUCCCAUCGUGGUCUCUAUCGGGAGUCGAAGAUUUCCAGACCCAGCACCGGAUGAUCUUGAUCAAAGCGCUGUUGGAAGCCAAGAUCGGCUACAGUCUUCUGUCGAUCCAUACGCCAUUUGCGAUCGAAGCGCCGCGGGAGAUCGUCUUCGCUCCGUCGGCGCGCGCUCGUCUGGAGGUUGCCACGAUGAUUCUCUCGACUCAAAAGCGGCUUCAUGAAACUUCGCGACUGUUAUCGCUCUGUAUUCUGGGGGAUUGGACCGUGCAGGCUUACUGCUCCAUCUGCCAGUUACUCCAUGAGGGAGAGGGCGGUGCUGGAUCGUCGGCGAUGUCUCUCACUCGGACACUGACGGGCAUGCCGGAGUCGUUGGUCUCGCUGGCGGAGACGGUUCUCACCUGCCUGGAGUCCCGCUGGCUGCUUGUCGUCAAAGGAGCCAAGGAGUACUUCUUCAUGUCCACUCUGCUGGCGUUGGCCAAGGUGACGCUCUGGCCGGGACAGGCCAAUCUAUAUAAGCAGGAGGUGGUGAACCGGGUGAUCUUUUUCGCACAGACGCUGUUUACGCGUCAUGCCAAUUGCGCUCAUCUCGGGGAGUGGGGGAUGGGGAACUUUAAGACGAAUCAAGUCCCAAGCGUGACUGCUAGCACGGCUAUGGGAACGCCGAUGGCUCCGGACUUGAGUCUGUGGCACCCCCCGGGCGGAUUUGGCGUGCCGGCAAGUGCUUCUGUUCCUCGCUUGAUUGCUCUACAAUAUGCAUUGCUAGUCAACUAA